UAUCAUUAGUAAAUCAUAUAAUAUGGACUUAAACUGAAAUCAACUAGAAUACUUAGUUUAACUUUUAUCAGUACCUAUAUAGGGGAAGCUCUUUAAAGAAAUAAAAUACGGUUGAAUAUAUUUUUAUUGUCCCGUUCCGGACAGUAGGGGCGCUGUUGUGGCAGACCGCUAGUUCUUGUGUCAGGUCAACGCAACAGAAGAAGAGGCAGAAACAUGGCGGCCCGCACACGGCUGCCCUUGCUGUUACCCAAAAAGCUGCCUCUGCUCAGACACCAAAAGCUCGUUCACACCGAGGCUGCGGCCAAGGAGCCCGCGUACCCCCCCAUCGUCCCAUCUCUCACGGCUAAAAGCAAAUCAGCCCGGCUGCGGCAGGUUGAGGAGCAGGUGAAAAAGAUAUGUGCCUCCCCGGUGGAGGAGAAGCUGUCCCUCAUCACUCGGAUCCAGCGGGAGAAAUUCGUGGUUUGCCCGCAGACGUUCGCCCGGAACGCAGACAGAUGGUACCAGCACUUCACCAAGACCGCGUAUAUCCCGGGACUGCCCGAGAAAUUUACGCUGGGCCCGGAGAAGACCGCCGGGGAGGAGGGCUCGCCGUCGGCCGCAGCUAAAACUGCAGUGCCGGGGAUUGAAGAUGAUGCGUUCGCGGACAUCCGCUCCUUGGUCACCCGUGUGAUUUUACAGGAGCACUGGCAAAUAAAGAAACGCAAACCUUUCCUGUACCGAGAACAGGAGAUGAGAUUCGGACCUGUUCUGAGAAACCUGGUGACCGGACUCACCUACAGUCUGGCCAGAUACAACCCACUACUCCUCCUCUCCAGUCUAGAUAUUAAUCCCCAAGUAAACUUUUAUUGGAGAAGAGGACAGAGAAUCAUCCCAAAGGGGCACCGGAGAGGCCGACUAGAGCCAACCAGGUUCCAGAUUGACGACCACCCGUACUGUCAGAUUAGGAUCACUCAACAACUGCCGCAGUUUACCCCGCUGGAGGCCUCCUAUGCAGCUGAAGUUCCAGAGAUCACAUUAGCUCCCAACGUGAUGCCUCUGUUCAGGCGACAGUAUGCCAACAAUAUCUUCACAGGUUCUAAGCUACCAGACCCAGCACGCUACGGUCACACUCAGUUCCACCUGGUUCCUGACAGAUACCACAGAGACCGGAUGGCUCGGCAGCAACAGUCUGACCAGGUGGAGGUCUUCCUCAGAGCCAAUGGCCUCGCCAGCCUCUUCGCCUGGACAGGAGCUCAGGCCAUGUACCAGGGUUUCUGGAACCACGAGGAUGUCACCAGGCCUUUCGUGUCGCAGGCUGUGAUCACCGACGGCCGUUUCUUCUCCUUCUUCUGCUACCAGCUCAACACAGUGGCCCUCUCCAUGGAGACAGAUGCCGACAACCCCAGGAAAAACCUUUUGUGGGGCACUGAGAGCCUGCCCCUGUACGAGAGAGUGCAGGACGGAGAGGUGGUGGGCCUGAAUGACGGUGUCCUCAAGCUGUUGGUGCAGUUCCUCAUCAACCAGCCGUAGACUUCUUCAGGUGUCUCUCCUCUCUUGUGAUUCUUUGCCUCUGUUUGUUCUCCACGGCGCUGGAAGAUGCAGGAAAUGAAGAGAGAGCUUUUAAAGAGCCAACAUGGCAGACAUGGGGAAGCUUUGUCAGAUUGUAUAAAAUGUAAUGUUUGAAAGAGCAGAAAAUCAGAGUUAAUCUUUGUUAAACAGGUUUGUGAUUUUUCAAAACUGAACAAAGUACUGAAAAAUACUAAACACACAUACCUGGUUAUUAUUAUUGUGCAGACUGUAUUUAUGCCAAAAUAAAAUCGUGCUUUAUAAAUGGACA